AGCUCCAGUGAUAGGCUGUUAAUGCAGGCAGUGUAUGAGUCUAUCUCACCAUCUGCAGUAGUGGAGCUAGCUUCUAUCCUCCCUCGUCAGGAUCUCUUCAUCAGCCUGCCAACUUCAGCCUGAUCUGGUGUGCGCUUGUGUGUCUGUGCAGAAAGUGGAAAUAGACCAAUGGAGCAUGUUUGGUUAUCGUAGAGCGUGUGUGUGUACCUGUGUGAGUGAUUUCCAGUUGUGAAAGUUGCAGACAAGCUGUUGAAUCUUCUGCGGAGUGUGUGAGGACAUAGUGCAGCUACCAUGUGUGAACUAGGCAGUCAGGGAGGCGUGGACGGUCGUUGGCACUGUUCGGCUGCACAGUCAGCAGAUGACCUACUGGUGGCAUCGGCCGAGUGUCCCAGCGAUGAUGAAGACAUUGAUCCCUGUGACCCCAGUUCAGCCCGUCCUCCCCUGCCGGAGGUGAAGGUGUUCACGGGUCCAUCCGAGGUGGUGCGGGAGAGCAGCAGCACCACGGGCAUGGUGGUGGGCAUCGUGGCGGCCGCCGCCCUCUGCAUCCUCAUCCUCCUCUACGCCAUGUACAAGUACCGCAACCGCGACGAAGGCUCCUACCACGUGGACGAGAGCCGCAACUACAUCAGCAACUCGGCCACGCAGCCCAACGGCAGCACCAAGGACAAGCCUCUGGGUAUCGCCAAGAUCUCCAAGAACAAGAAGAACAAAGACAAGGAGUACUACGUCUGAGGCAGAAGAUGUCCAACACACAGACAUAUACGCAUACACCUUUAUAUAUAACGGUAUAUGUACAUAAAUAGAUAUAUUCUCAAAAAAAUACACACAUGCACACUGACAUAGACAUGCUGAUGUUAAUGUUUACUCUCCAAUAAUCACACCUGCACACAUGCUGGCAAGCACAAACAUACAUGCAUUCAAGCACAAACAUACAGUACAUGCAUUCAAGCACAAACACUAACACUGAAGCACAAACACACACACAUACAGACUGGCCCGAGGGCAUGGACCCUUAUGUACAGUAUUUACCAAUGAGCAGAGCCUCUGCAAGAGUCUCGUUUUAUGAUCAUAUACACCAUUCCAAAUGAUUUAGGAAGCUUCCCAGUUAAGAACCAUUUUCGGGGCCAGCCAGAUAAAAAAAGACCAAUCGCUUCCCUGCCACAGCAGGACCUCUCCAGUUGGACUCAGAGGGGUCAAGGAAGACUUUAAGCCAAUGGCUGACUGAGUAUGUUGAGUGAGUACAAGAACAAAGAUGAUAUAAAAGCACCAAGACAAGCACUAAGUGUCUCUUCCAAGCAUCUUGGCCUUCCUCCCUGUUCACAGACAGGACUCAAUGAAGCACUGAGGAUGCUGAAGAAACAAGCACACCAAUGGUCCAAGUCUAAUCCCACACAAAAGGACAGGGAAUCAGGGUGUAGCCACACCGGCCAAUGAAUUACAAGUGAAUAGGCAGAGGUGGGCUGGUUCCGUUAACAUGAUGGAUGAGCUGUGGUUGUUUCGCUGCAGAUAUGAUGUUUUACAGCGGCCUGUAAAUGUCGAAGGUGGAAUCAGUGGAAAACUGAGAGGUAUUUUCCUGGACAGGAUACUUGAGAGAGAGUUCAGAUGCUACCUACAGACACCAGUCGUGCACGGCUGCGGUGUCACACACACACAUAUGCAUACAACACACAUGCACACACACAGAAAUAUUAACACUUGCAGACAAACCUGCAAUGCCAGACCCACCAUUUCUUCAUAACUGAUUCUGAAGACUAUACAAGAAGACAAUGGUGAAAAUGACAUUAUGAUAAUUGGUAUGGCAAUGAUGACGAUGAAUAUGAAGAACAUUUGGGCAGUAUAGACUCUUUGGGGAAGGGAGGGGGGGUCUUAUUGCACGUGAAUUAUCUUACUCCGUGUGAUUUAUACCGCGUUGAAACUUACGAGGUUACACCGUGAAGCACCACCAUCAUUAACUUACCACCUUGGCUUGACGUAUUUCUGAAUACGCACUUCAAAAUGUUUUUUCCGUGUGUGUGGGAUUCAGCAAUGAUUUAAUCUCCAAAUUGAUUCUCCGUUCACAUCCUCAUCGACAAAGUGUGACCAUCUCGAGUGUGCUGCAUGCCUGAGUCUCUGAGCUGUGCUGUGGAGUGGUGGUGUGUCCCACUGAGUCCAGAGGUGGUAAGGGGGGAGGGGGGUGGUGGUGGUGUUGCGGGUUGCAAUGUAACUCCAACGCAGCACCCGGAUGUGCGCGUCCACCACAGGCCACAUCCUGUUUUCAAGCCUGACAUCUUACAGGCCACGCCCACUAUACCUGCUCUGACAAACCACCUUUUAUAGCAAAAACCAGCCGAAGAAGAAAAAAAAAAAAAAAUCAAAAACAGAACAAAGUAAAUGUUACCAUGUGUUGCUGAUAGAUAGAAAAUCCAGUUCAUGACGCCAUUGGCUAUAUGACAACUUGAGUUGUUUCGAUUUCAUUGGCUCUUCCUUUUCUCUCUUUCUUUGUCUUCAUGCUAUUGGUCGACUGACUUAUCAACAUGAUCAAUACACGACAGACAGAUGGGUUUCCGAUGGGCUGAACACUAUAAUUAUCUGUCCCGUGUGCUCUUGCGGUGUCUGAGCCCUCUGCAGCUCAAGAACUGUAGCUCCAUGAUAUAUCAAUACAAACAGUGCCAUGACAUGAACCAGCCCCUCCAGUUCCUCCGAGCAACGCAACCAACCAGUCACAUGCAUGCACGACGGACAACGGCGAGAGAGUAAACAUUGAAAAGGACUGUGUGAGAUUUCAAAAUAUAAAGUCAAAAUGAACUUAACAUAUUCCCUUAUUCUCUCCAUCCUUAACUGGCCUUUUGACCUCAUUUUCUUCCCUUCUCUCCUUUCCCCCUCGUUUGGUAUGUUUCCCCGAGCCACCCCUCCGCUCCCUCCACGUCUGUCGCUUUCUUUUCCCUCUAUCUCUGUUGUGUUGCCAUCUGAAACAAAGGAGGUGUCUCUACAUCUAGGUGUUCAUUAACCAUGUUUAUUUUCUAUAUGUACAAUUUUUCUACAGUAUUUACUUUUAUUUUUAUUGUUACGGUUCUUUGAUGAACAUAAAGUGGAAAUUUAUUAUGAAAAAUAGUUUUGAAGAUUAAUGAGUAAAUAAAAUAUUACCCAAGUGAGCCUGGAGUGCAUUUGUGCGUUCGUUUUUGUCGGCCAUGUCGAUGUAGCGAUUGGGGGGGAGUUAAAACCAAACCUUUUUUUUAAAAUUUAUUUUCACCUUUGAGAAGCCUUUAUGUUGUUCAUAUUUAUAUUGAGUGUUUGUAUGUUUUCAUCCAUACAAACACUUGUUU